CCUCCUCCUCCUCUCUGUCGCUACCUUUCACCUCAGUCAAACCCUGAUCUGACGGCGUCGCAGCGCGGACAAACCCCGGGAAAUCAUGGCGUCAGGUGUGACAGUGAACGAUGAGGUCAUCAGAGUCUUCAAUGACAUGAAGGUGAGGAAGUCGUCCACCCAGGACGAGGUGAAGAAGAGGAAGAAGGCCAUUCUGUUCUGUCUCAGCGACGAUAAGAAGAAGAUUAUCGUGGAGGAGGGGAAGGAGAUCCUGGUGGGCGAGAUCGGCGAGACCGUGGACGACCCCUACAUCUCCUUCGUUAAGCUCCUCCCCCCCAACGACUGCAGAUACGGCCUGUACGACGCCACCUACGAGACCAAGGAGUCCAAGAAGGAGGACCUGGUCUUCAUCUUCUGGGCUCCAGACUCAGCGCCGAUGAAGAGUAAGAUGAUCUAUGCCAGCUCCAAAGACGCCAUCAAGAAGAAGUUUACAGGCAUCAAACAUGAGUGGCAGGUGAAUGGUCUGGAGGACAUCCAGGACCGCAGCACGCUGGCGGAGAAACUGGGCGGGAACGUGAUCAUUUCUCUGGAGGGCAAACCGCUGUGAUAUCAUCCGGACCCAAGCACCUGACCCCGCCCACACUCACUCACUCACUCACUCACUCACUCACCGCUUACUCUCUCUGUCCCAUGUUCUGAACGAGUUCUAGUGUCUUUAGGCCACUUUGUUUCCUGUUUUUGUUCUUUUCACUUUGUUCCAACAUGAAGGAGAUCUCAUUAACAUAACGAUAUGCAAACCCCUCCCACUUUUGUUGCCACAUGACUUCUGUUUAAAGUUCAUCCCGGGAAGGUUGUCUCUCUCUCUGUCUCUCUCUCUGUCUCUCUCUCUCUCUCUCUCUCUCUCUCUCUCUCUCACAGUCGGAGUUUUGCCAAAAAAAGUCCAUGUGAAAGAAUUGGCCACGCGUCGGAGGCGAGCGCCGCGACCUGUCGCCAAGCUCCGCCUCCUGCAGCACACGUUUCUUUACAUAUGACUUUUAUUUAUUACUGUAACGUGUUGUUUCUUCGCCACACACACACACACGCGAGGACACUAAACUCUAAAUUCUCCACCGUCUUUGUUCGUAGACUUUUAUUUUGUAACGAAACACUACAGGAAGCAGAUUUGACCCCAGCAGUGAGAGACAACAACAUGAUGACAUCAUCACCACCAUCAUCAUCGUCAUCCUCAUCGUCCGGAGCCUUAAAGUGGAACGUUGUUUGUGAGAUCAUCACAGGAAGCCACGCUGCAAUAAAAGCCUGUGGCAGAUCUGA